GUUUUUUAAUUGUCAUUAACUCGUCAACAGUAGAACAAAUUGCUAACAGCAUAUUACUAAAUUUUAUAUGAAAUCUAGAUAACUUUAGGUUUAAGAUUUAAAAGUGAAUCUUAAAAAUGUCCUCCACUGACGAUAUAGUCAAUCUCGAGCUAGUAUUAAUACGGCUGGGAUCAGCUGAUACUGAUGAACAACUUCAAACAAUUGUUUUCAAAUACUUGCCACUACUGCUAUCAAAAAUAUCAUCAACGGAAUCAAAUGUUCGCUCCAGAGUCAUGGAAGUUUUGACACACAUUAACAAACGUAUUAAAUCUAGACCUUUAGUUCAAGUUCCUAUUGAGCCGUUAUUAGAUUUGUAUAAGGAUCCACAAGCCAAUUCUUUUCUAAUAAAUUUUGCUAUAAUAUACAUCAAAAUAGGAUAUCCAAGAUUACCUCUAAAUAAACAAGUUGAAUUAUCACCUCUAUUAUUAAGAUGUCUCGUAGGAAAACCAGAGAUGCAUUAUGACAAGAUCAUUCCAUUAGUUCUUCCAAUUUUAUCAGACAUAGGAAAGAAUAAGGGUACAUUUAAUCAAGAAAAUGCUUUAGGGUUGGAUGAAUAUCCGCAAUUGAAGAGCGCAUUCCUGAAUUAUGUGUGUGAUAUUCUGUUGCUUCCUUAUGGUUAUAACCAGGAUGCUACUACUGCUGGUUUCACACCACCUCCUGCAAUGAGUAUGUAUUCUUUUAAAAGAGUUACAUUAGAGCCUGUGAAACCUGAGGAUUUGCAAAGAUUAAAAGAGUGUAUAACAUCAUUUUUGUCAAGUGGUAUAAUAUCACCAGAAGAUGCUCUACUUCCAUUAGUUAUUGCUUCUUCAGACACUAGAUUUAGCGUUGUCAACCCAGCUAUAUCAGAAUUAGCAAAAAUUACUUCAAGUUUAGACUGGACGAACUCCACAAUGGUUAAACCUCUAUAUGUAUUAUUUAGUGGUAGCAUUCAUAAGUUAGCAGAAAGAAAAACAUCACCGGCUGAUCCUAGAGUUAAAAUGAAGGUUUUACAGUAUUUACAUAAAGUAAGAGGGGGUGCGAUGAAUGCUACUUUGGCCUUAAAGGUAAUUUUUGAGGGAUUGUUUGGGAAUACAAAUGAUAAAUGUCGAAAGAUGACUUUAAGUUUUGCUAAAUUGAUGAUAAAUGAGUGCUCUAAAGAAGAAUUGCAACCAGUUAUAAAUAUUUUGUUUAAUGGUUUGUUGAAAAUAACUUCAGAAGAAUAUCCGGAAGAUGUUAGAAAUGCUGCUUAUAUGACUUUAGCAAUCAUACCUGCAAAAUGCCCUGAAGUAUUUUUACAAAGGAGGGAUCUUGUUGUUGUUUUGUUCGAUAAAAUAACACAGGAAUCAGAAACAUUGCAAAGCUCAAUUAGAGAUCUUUUGAUAGCAAUAACAUCAUUAUUCCGUUAUGAUAGUUCUUCUACAAGUAAUUCAGAAUCUGCUGCGGAAACAAACUUAGUAAUUGCUUUACUGGCAAAGCACAUUGAGGGUUCUUCUUUCAAUGCUUCAUUUGUUGCAACAGUUUACCUAAUGACUUGUUUUCCUCCUGAAAAUGUAGCUGCCAGAUAUUUGUUGUUGAUGGGUUUACACAAUGAUUUGCUCAAAGAAAAAAUUUAUACAGAUAUUUAUGGCACUUAUAAAUUAAACAAUAUAAAAUAUUCUCAACUACAAUCAAUUGAUACAUUAAAUAAUCAAAUGGAAGUUGAUGAUUCUAAGGAAUCAUCAGAUUCUGAAUCAGAAAAAAUGAUUAUUCUACCUAGUUUCAAAGCACUUGUCGAUUAUGUUUAUGAACAAGCUUCAAAAAGAAGAGAAAACCGAAAAGUUGCUAUAUCAUAUAAAAAUAUUUUAUUGCCAUAUAACACCAAAGUCUUCAGUGAGAUAAUCAGAUAUCUGCAUCUUUGUCUGUUUAUGAGUGCAGGUCUUAAUGGACCAUCUCCAUUAGAGAAUGUGAAACUUUUGUCAACAUAUAUUCAACAAGACCCUACUUUUGCCUCAGUUAAAAAAUAUAUAAACUUACUAAAAGAAUUACUUCUGGUAUCCAAAGGUGAAACUGAAAUCUCAUGCAUGAUAGACAUAUUGGGUUGCGUACAAAGCAUGGCUACAGAACAUAUGGAUUUAUUACCAUUACUGCAAUCACUUUUGCAUGAUACUUCACGUGAGAAAAGGGAUUCAGCUGCCAAAUUGUAUGGCAUGCUCUGUACCACUAUGAAAGCAUUUGAAUUUGAAAAAGAAAUUCAGUCUAUGAUAACGCAAUCAAAAUCAGCUAACAUAUCUGAUGAAAACAAACAUGGGCUGAUAUUAGCAUUUAGCAAUGCAUGUGAACGUAGAAUACAAAUUUCAAAAAGGGAUUCUAGUAAACUGAUUGAAAGCAAUACUUAUACAAUUGCAGUAAAUGCAUUGUUACAACAUGUUAUGUCCUCUAAACCAAUGAUUAUUGAAGCAGCUUGUGUAGGUAUAAGUUUGAUUUCUCGUUGCAGUGAACUUCCUAUGCCAAAUGGAAGUGAAAUAGGAAACUUUAAAGACACUGAUUUCAAAGAAAUCAAUGAUAAAGCAAUAUUAGUUAGGAAAUUAUUCAUACUUAUGUAUGAUUCUUCAUUAAAAAGCACAAUUAGAGAAAAAGCAAUAUUUUGUUUGGGCCAUAUUUGUACCGGAGAGAAGUUUCCUUGGACCAGAAAUAUACUUGAAGGAUUCAUGGGUUAUUUGAAAGAGACAAAAGAUGUGGACAUGCAUUUGAGCAUUAGCAAGAGUAUCGUUUGUUGCAUAUUGGGUACGAAUUCUCCAGAAGCAAAGGAUGUAUGGUCGAGUGAUAAAUUGGAACCCUCUAUUUCUAUGGAUGAUUCAUCAAAUGAUAAUUGUGAAUAUGUCUUAGAAUAUUUACUUUCAAACGUUAAAUCUGUACAUCCGAACUCAAGACAGGCAUGUGCAAUAUGGUUAUUAGCUAUUGUCAAAAAUUGUUCAACACAUCCAAUGGUUAAGAAACAAUUAUAUGCAAUACAGUCUGCAUUUAUCGAUUUACUUUCUGAAGAAAAUGAUAUAGUUCAAGACUCAGCAUCCAGUGGUUUGGGCUUAGUGUAUUUGAAUACAGAUUCUGAUCAGCAAAAACAACUUGCAAUAACAUUGUUGGAACAGUUAUCAGGGGGUAGUAGAAAUGUGAAACAAGUCACUAGUGAUACAACAGUUUAUGAAGAAGGCAGUUUGGGAAAGUCUCCAACGGGAGGAAAUUUGUCAACAUAUAAAGAAUUGUGUUCUUUAGCUUCGGAUCUAAAUCAGCCUGAUUUAAUAUACAAAUUUAUGCAACUGGCCAAUCAUAAUGCUAAUUGGAACAGUAAACUUGGUGCUGCAUUUGGUAUUCAAUCAAUCGCUAAAUUAGCUCAGCAAGAGAUACAAGUUUAUUUACCAAAAAUCAUAUCUAGAUUGUAUAGAUAUAAGUUUGAUCCUAUUCCAAAGAUUCAAAAUUCUAUGAGCUCGAUUUGGAAUGCCAUAGUUCAAGAUAAUAAGAGCACAAUAUCCCAGUUUCAUAAUGAGAUUAUAGCUGAUUUACUGUCAAAUAUAACACAUCAUCAAUGGAGAGUACGAAUGUCAUGUUGCUUAGCACUCUCUGAUAUACUCAGGUCGCAUCCGCUACCCAGCAAUGAGCAAGUUGAGCAGAUGUGGACAAAUUUAUUCAGAGUUAUGGAUGAUUUUCACGAAGCCACAAGAAAUACUGCUGAAAAUACUACCAAAACAUUAAGCAAGAUUUGUGUAUUAGCCUGUAAAAGUGAUGGUGAUAGUAAAGCUGGAAUAGCACUUGCUUCAACAUUCCUACCAGUUUUGCUAGAUAAGGGAAUUACGCAUACUGUGAAGGAAAUUCGUAAUAUAAGUUUAAGUACAAUCAGUGAGCUUGUUCAGUGUUCUGGACCAAUGCUUAAACCUCAUAUGUUGCGGUUGAUACCAGCAUUGCUGCAGGCUACUGGAGAAUUGGAAUCGGCUUAUUUGAAUCAAUUGAGUACUAUGUGGGGAGCCAGGCAAGAGGCUCAAGAGGCCCUUGAUUGUGCUAGAGCUGAUGCUGCUAAAGGUCAUGCUGCUACCAAGACCAUGUCCAAGUGCAUAGAGUUUAUGGACCUAGAAGCUUUGCAAAACACUACACCUUAUGUGGUGGAUCUGAUGCGUAAUUCGGUGGUGCUUGGAACGAAAGUAGCCUGCGCUCAUUAUCUAAACAUCAUUGUUAGUGUAAAACGAGUCGAAGUUAAAAGUUUUGACAAAUCACUUAUGGAUAAAAUAUUUUCCACCUUACUCAGUGGUCUUGCUGAUCGAAACGCCGCUGUGAAACGGAGUCAUGCUGAAGCUAUCGGGCAUAUGGUGGGAGUAGCAUCGGAAACCUCGUUGCAAAAGCUGUUUGACAAACUUUGGAAAUCUUACUUUUCAAAUAAAGUGAAUAAGCGAGCAGCAAUAGCUCGAACAAUUUUAUCUAUUAACCAAAGUGAACCCGAUGUGUUAAGAACUUACUCAGAAAAAGUUAUUCCAUUAGUGUUCUUUGCCAUGCAUGAAGAUAAAAAUGAAGAGAAUGCUAAAACUGUUGAAAUGUGGAACAAUAUCUGGAAUGACGUAACAUCUGGUGACUCUGAUGUUAAGAAUCAUAUUAAGCCUAUAAUGAAUAUUCUCAAAGUAGAACUGGAAUCUCAACAUUGGUCAAUGAAAGCUCAGGCGGCAAAUGCGGUAUCUACUGUAGCUAAAAAGGUUGGAUCUUCGUUAUCAGAAGAAGAACGUAUUGGUAUAUUAGACAUUUUAUUAAGUGGGCUUUCUGGUAGAACAUGGAGCGGUAAACAACAUCUUCUUGCGGCUGUUGUCGACAUAUGCAAAUGUGCUGACAAAAAUACUUCAAUAAACAAAAGUGCCAUUUUUGAUGCUAUUUUUCGAGAAUGUCGUAAAAAGGAACCAAUUUAUAGAAAAUUUGCAAUUAUGGCUUUAGGAAAUUUGUUAGAAGCAUUUGAUGAGGAGGAUAGGUUUGAGGAAUUUCACACAGCAUUUUCAGAUUUAUUAAAAAUGGAUGUCGCAAGUAUGGAAAUGGACAGUGAAGAUAUAACUGAAAAAGCUGAAAGUAGGAAAAAUUACUUGGCUCUCAAAGAAGUUAUUUGGGAAAGUUUUGGAAAAGCCUGGCCAAGUAAUUUUGAAACUCAAGAUAAAUACAGAACUCAAUUUUUGGAUAUUUGCUCUGACUGCUUAAAAAUGAACACUAGAAAUAUUCAACUACAAAUAAUGAUAGCAAUGAACAAGUAUACCAAUAAAUUGAUUCUAGUUGAGAACUCCAAUAUGGUUUCCCAAGAUCAUGUGCAACAAGUAGUUGACAAAAUGAUUUCAAUAAUUUUAUAUGCAUUAGAUAUAUCCUUCACAAGUAUAAAGAAAGAAGCCUUGGGAAUUAUACAAACAAUGAUUAUGAAAGUUAAAGAACAUAAUCUUGAGGGCAUAUACAAGAAAUUGGCAAAAACCGUUGCCGAAGAUAUUACGCCAAAGAUAAUCUCAGACAAAGCGCCGGAAAUUCAGUCGCGAAUUAAAGACAUUCAAGAUAAUCUAAAAGAUACGGAUAAGUAGUAAAAAAUAUUACUUGUAUAUGG